UUCGGCUGGACCACAUCUCGAAUCGGAGCAAUAGCGGCAAAUAUUAAAUAAAAUAGAAAAAUAUGAUACUUCGUCGAGCGAAGCAAUGCAAAAACUUCGUACAGUAUUAAAUUUGCAAAUAUAUUGUGCAAGUACUGUGAACUUAUCGGAUGUUCGAGUUUAUGGGGAUUUUUGGUUUCCACGUAGAAAAUGAAUGAACAAGAGCAAAUUUUGAUUUUUGUACGGGUGCCGUUAAAUUCGCCAAAAUUUUACGAAAAAAUUGCAUGAUUUAAUACGCCGACGCUUAAACGAUCGUUUAUCGUGUUUCGCGCUAACUUUCGUUCCUAUAUCGAAACGCUUGGUGGUUGUUUCUCUCGAUAUAAUUCGUCACGCAGCACUGACCGUUAUGUGUAUCAAUCAAUAGCGUAAACGGCUGUUUGUGGAAAAAUAUCAUCAGUUAAAAAAGAAUUUGGAAAAGAAAUGUCGGCGUUCGUACGACAAUAGACUUUUACGGUGUCGUUCGAGGGAUGUGGAUAGAGCAAGGCAACGGCAAGAUGAAGUGAGGAUUCUAACGAUGAUCCUCAUACUACCGAGGUGAUGUGGCUAAGCAGCGGCUGGAUGGCCCUCGUGGCCAUUUGGACCAUUUUAGCGACCGUUCUUGGGCAACAAGACAUUUUUCGAAAUUCUAGCAAAUACUUGGAACCUCAGGAUGUCUUCGCGACACUGAAUAUCAAUCAAGUGCAAGAGAAAAGCUCUAGUGUCGACAUUUAUGGGAAAGUGGAGGACGUAGGUAGCGCAAGCCGAGUAGCGAAGGAAAAUGUGAAAUUUCGUAAAAUGGACUCUGUGAAAAAUAGCGAGGUAAAUUUAAAGCUGAAAACAGAAGGAAACGAUAGUGAAAAGUUUGCCCCGGAGACUCCUAAAAAGGAUUCGUAUUCCUUGGCAAACGUCCCGCAAGGAUUUGGUAUGGUAGUUAAUCCUGGAGAGUUUGUGAAAAGGAAAAAUUCCCUAUCUAAAGACACUAGUGAUUUUAAAACUUCAUCGAUCAACAAAGACAUAAAUGUAUUUGAGAUCGAGAGAAAUAAAACUGUUGGCGAGGGGGAGGGUAAUUUUAUUGUCAUUGGAAAAGAUGUAAAUUUUCGAAAAAUUCAACAACGAUCUUCGUAUGCACUCUCGCGGCAGGAAGGUAAUGAAAAUCUUGGGAAAGAGGUAAUAAAGAGCAGACAGCAUCCGAGAUACGCAAGCAGUGAAGAUCGUGACAUCGCUAUGGAGAAUCAUGACUUUAAUGACGCAAUUGGAAAAUAUCAGAAUAAACUAAAAGGGAUAAUAGAAUUUGAAAGACUUUCCAAGAAUUUGAAAAACCAAAAGAGACUAAAUGAUAUAAAGACUGUUCCAGUUAACGAAAAGAUUCACUCGAAUCAACAAUUCCAUGUUAAUUUGUUUGGAAAAUCAGAUGAUCAAAUCUCGUUAAAUUCUACAGAGAAAUUUGUAAUCAGUUCUGUGAAGGAUCUCAAAUCAAGGAGAAACAUGGAAAAGCGUAUGGAAAUAUUGGACGAAAGCAAAAACUAUGAAAUCAAUGUUAACACUACGAUCAGGCCGACAUCCAAUACAAAAGAAAAUGUAAUUGAGGUGUCAUCGCGUCCCGGGAUUACAAAAAGUUCAUGGAGUAUAUUAUCGAUGGGUGACAUGAAAAAUUUGACAGCCUCGAGUACUCCUGUAGAUCCAAAAAUACAUACUCCAACGGUCGGGCUUAAAAUGCAAUUUAAGGUGAGAAAUGAAAUUUUUCAGAAAAUGAAAAAUCUUUCAGAGCAAGGAUCCCGAGGAUUAGAGAACCGGAGAAUUGAUUACGAUACUGACGAUGAUUACAUUGCUGACGUCACAACGAGACUGUCAAACGAAUCCCUCGCGAAUGAAAAUAAUGCGGAAAUGCCUGCUGAAAGGAAAAUCAAUAUUGAUGCCGAUGUACAGGAAAAGAGUCACGUAGGAAAAGACACGGAAAAUAACACGGUUAGACAACGAAUAAUCGAUAGUAACGGUACUGCAGGGAGCAUAUCAAAGAAUGACAGGAUAGCAGUAGAGCAAAAGAAAUUAAACGUAUUCACGGCAAUGGAUUCUACACGAAGCAAGAUGAAUUUCCAUAAGCGAUUCAAGCCAAAUUUAGUGGACAACAGUGAAAUUGGGCAACUAGGAAAAAUACCAUCAGAGUAUAAUUUAAUGAGGAACCUUAAUUUAAAAAAUGUAGAAAACAGCGAGGAAUAUGAUAUUGCAAGAAGAAAAGUAAUCCGGAAAAAUACAAGGACUCUUGAAACCGUAAAACCGUACGAGGGGAAUUCGUAUCUUGAAUCAAGUAGCAAUGGAAGGUAUCCACGAAAUAAGAAAAUUACGAAGGUCCAUAUGAAAAGCGAUACGGGAAAUGCGUUUCCGUAUCCAUAUGGGGAAAGUGUACUCGUGGAAAAUCCGUUUUUCAAGAAAUUUUCGAAUUCGAAGAAACAUUUCAGUGAGACAACGCUGCCAGCUAAAGUUCUAAGUGACGACAAGGAUGUAGUGUCCUUGAGGAAUAUGAAAGCGUCGACGAAAAUAAACGUAGCGAAUGUGACAUUUCCGGCGAAAAUGUCGGGCACCUCCAUUUCCAGAGAAAUUCAAUCUCUCAGCAAUAUUGUUGGACAGAAAUCUGAUAAUCGAGGGUUUCGCGAAACGACUUGGACAGAUUAUAGUCGUGAAAUUGAAACGACGAAAUAUUCAAGGAAAAACCGGAAAUUGACCGAAAGCCCGUAUGACCUAGGGAGACCAAUUUCACUGAUAAGAGAGUCAAUUAACGAUAAGGAUAAUAUAGGUAAAUAUAAAGAGAAAAUUAAAGAAAGUGAAGCAUCGAUUCAUCAGCAGAAGGAAUUGCAAAAUAUAGCUAGUUACGGAGGUAGCAACAAUUCUGAAAACAGUAGCGAUUUCUCAUUGAAGUCACCGACUCCCGCAGCUUCCGAAAGGACUAGAAUGUCUUUACUAUUUCCACGCAAUAUUCUUGCCGAAAAACAUCAGGGACUCGGAAGUAGCACGCGAAGGGGCAAUAAGCAGAGCGAAUCAGUUUCAAUAACGUCAAUGAAAACUUCCGGGGUUGAGAAAAACUUUUUGUUCGGCACGCCAAAGUUUAACGAUCAUGGUACCAGGAUUGGAUCUGAUCCUGGAACAAUUAUUCAUGAUACAAGGAGUCACGAGACUAAUUCACACGAUGCAAUUUCAGCGGCAGUCAGCUACAAAGGGAAUGAAAAGGCUCCUAUAAUCAGCAGCGACUUACACGGAACUCCAGGAAUGAUGAAAACUGAUGCUGAUCAUGGGAAAAUCAAGAUCUUGGAAAAUAGUCAUACCGGUACAAAUUCCAUUGGAAUUCCAGUGGGGAACAAACUUGUCGAAGCAUACAGCAACGCGAAAAAGAUUUCCGACUGGAUUGAAGAAAAUCCACAGAGUAUUCGAUCGAACGAGAAAGAGAAUACUUUUGAAGAAAACGUCACAUCCUCCAUAACUGAUGCUAACACCGAAUCAGUAAGAACGAGAAUAUUGAAUUUCUUAAUAAAAAACCAAACGUACUUGCCUAAUAACGACGAGAGAAUAUUAUUUAACGAAACUUCGAAUAAAAAUAUUUAUUUUAAGACCAAAGGCAAAAUCUUGUUCAACGACGAUAUAUAUGACAAGAAGAGAAUAGGAAAUUUGAGGACGUCAAUUCCCAAAGACAUAAAGUCCGAAAUAAAUUACGUAAUAAGAACAAUGAAAAACGAUAAAGAUCGUUUCGUCAAGAGAAAUGAGUUUUCCGAAGGUACUGACAUAAAAGAAUAUAAAAAAGUGGAUACUGGAUGUCAAACUGGAAGCGAAGAGUCGCUUGGACCUUAUUAUAAUAUAAAUAAAUCUCGAUUGUCCGCCAUUGAUUCUAAGAAUGAUGAGAUUGGAGCGGAUGGAUGUCUAAUAAAACGAACAACCAGAAAACUUGGUACUACCUUGCACAGCCCUGGGGGAAAGAUUGAUGAAAAUAUUAUACUGAGAAAGUUAUUGAGCGAUUCCAUGUCGACGACACCAAAAACCAAUGCUUUUGCAGUGACAGAAAAAAUAUCAAUAAAAAAUAAUAUUUCCAAGAAAUCGAACGAGACACCGAUUUCUUUAGGAAAAUUAAUCAACGAAGACAAUUUCUUACUUAAGCUAAUGAACGACGGAAGAACAUCAGAGUAUCGAGGGACGAGCAACACGCAAAAUGUUCCUUUCGACGCGCUUUCGCCGAACUUGGAAAAGUUUAAUCGUAACAAUAGAAACUUUUUAUCUCCGCGUAAACGUAAUUCUCUGAACUUGCGCGAGACUCACGAAAGCUUGGAUAAUAAGGAAGAGCUCGGUAGACCGAAUACCACGAUUCGUAGCGUAAUAAAAUCCAACGAUAAAAAAAACUACGAACUUGAUACGUCAUACAAGACAAGCAUGACACCUAGUAGCAAAGAAAUAUACGACGAUAUAAAUAAUGCGAACUUGAAAAAGCGUACGAUUAAAAAUGUCACGAGCCUGAUUAUGAACGAAUAUCCUAUAUCAAAUAAAUACAAUAGCACAGAUUCGUCUUAUACGGCAGAAUGGACGGAAUCGUUAAACAAUUUGAAGACAGAUUCGACCACGAUAAACAUAUUAGAAACGUCCAUCGGCAUUUUCGCAUCCAAUAAAGAUGCCUCCCUAAGAUCUUCCGAGCAGGAUCUUUAUGAUUCUCUCGGAUCCAAUCAAACUCUAUCAACGUAUGAUCAAAUCGAAUCGGAUAAUUCAACACGUGUAUCGAGCACGUUAAAUCAGUGGCCCGUGAAACACAGUGUUGUGGUGGAAGGUGAUUUAGUGUUGGGUGGUUUAAUGAUGGUUCACGAAAGAGAAGAUUCAGUCACAUGUGGACCAGUUAUGCCGCAAGGUGGUGUCCAAGCGCUGGAAGCCAUGCUUUAUACCUUAGACAGGCUGAAUGAGAAAGGAAUCGUACCUGGGGUUAAAAUUGGGGCCCAUAUAUUGGACGAUUGCGACAAGGAUACAUACGGACUGGAAAUGGCUGUUGAUUUUAUAAAAGGUUCGAUAAGCAACAUCGAUGGUGCCGAGUAUCACUGCAACAAGACAGCAGUAAGGAAAGUAAUAAGCGGUGUGGUGGGGGCUGCAAGUUCCGUAACGUCGAUUCAGGUGGCGAAUCUACUUCGUCUCUUCAGGAUACCACAGGUGAGCGUAAAAAUAAGUCUGCUCGACUUUCAAGAGAAAGUCAGAAAAGUCGGAAGCUAAUUUUCCACACUGUCGCGUAGCUUUCCUAUAGGCAAACUCCCUCAAGGUGAGCUUACAUACAGACGCGAUUCUCAAAGUACGAAACGAAUUAGUUAUCUGAAUAAUUUACAGGUAUCAAAGAUAAAAACAGCUACCGCAAAUAUAGUCAAAGGUAAAAUCCUAGAAUAUUCCGUAAGGACUUUACCCUUCUCGCAUAGGAAAGAGAGAGAGAGAGGGAACGAGGGAAUAUCUAUUUCUUAACGACUAUGUAACGGGUGGUGUUAUUAUUCAGCUGACAGUCAACCAUAAGACUCUAUUCCGGGAUAAGGAAAGUCAUGGAAGGAGAAAGUAAUGCUCCAGAGUCAUCUCAGCGUAAAAUCGUCUUACCACUUCUGUAUCUUCUAUCUUUUACCGCAGGCAGACUUCCACGGGAAUGACAAUGCGGUACUUAUUCACAAUAACUUCUCAAACGAAGUCAGUAGGGUAGAAACCCGAAGCAAUGACAAUAAGAAAAAUUGAAAUGU